AUGUCCUCUCUGAACGAUGAUGCGGAGAUGCAUGUCACUGGUAAUACCAGAUAUUCCGUCAACUUCCAGGAGAAAGGGUGGUUGGUGGUUUUAGGAGUGGUGUUUAGUAUUGUUCUCAACGUGGCACUGGUCACUACAGUAGUUGUUAUAUCCCACGACAAAUCCAGUCAUAGACACACGUCGUGCGACUCGGCGGCGUGUGUGGAGACAGCGGCAGCGGUGGCAGGAAGCCUGAACAAAACUCAUCCGGCAUGCAGCGAUUUCUACGAAUAUUCGUGCGGCGGAUACAAAUUGCACCAUAACCUAGAAGAUGAAGCUUGGGACUACUCAGUGUGGGAGGAACUUUCAGAAACACACUCAAAACGACUUAGGAUGUCAGUGGAAGCAGCUGAUAAAACCCAAAAAUACGGGGCUGAAGCAUCUGCUCUAUUUGCUAGCUGUAUGGACCUAAAAGCUCUGAACGCUACAAACAGUAAACCUUUACUGGAUCUCAUUAACAAGGGUGACGAGUUGCAGCUCCCUGCUCUCGUGGGGUCAGCUUGGGAUCGAAAGAAAUUCCAUUUGUCAACUUGGAUAAAGACUCUCCAUCAAAUGGAAAUUAACACUCUCUGGACUUUGACAAAAGGACCUAACCCGAUAAAGCCUACAGACGUUGCUCUCAAGAUGUUCCCAAGUGGGCUGAACAUGUAUAGUUGGGACUACACCAGCGACGCUUCCUGGGCAGCCAAGCGACGAGAAGAGUACAAAACGAGGAUGACCACGUACAUUAAGAACCUGGGUGUCACUACUAACGAGACAGCUAUCAGGAUUGACGUGGAUGAUGUCUUCCAGUUUGAAGUGGAACUAGCUAAGAUAACACCGGAUUGGAGGAAUGAUAUCUACGAGCCUAAACUACUAAAACUAAAGAAACUCUACAGAGACUACCUGCCUGUUACCAAGGUCAAUUGGAAGGAUUAUAUCACUGCCAUGUAUCCGGAGAAGCUGGCUCCAGCCGAGUACGAGCCUAUAUUCAUUGAGGAAGCUCAAUACUUUCAAAAUCUGUCCAAACUUAUCUCCCAUACUCAAGACAGGACGCUAGCGAACUACAUGGGUAUGAGUCUACUGUAUAAUCUAGCAGACCACCUACCUGAACAUAUCAGUGGACAAAUAAGCGCUCACAAACGAUGGGAUUACGACUCGUCACCACUAUACUACCAAUGUGCCACCGUAACAGAGAAGCUGAUGCCUUGGGCUACUGCUCGAACCAUGCUCGAUAGAGGGCUCAUUGCUGACAAAACCGCGGCAAAAGUGAUAUUUGAAAACAUUAAGACGGAGCUGAUUGGAUCAAUAGAUGCCCUGUCAGACACCCUCUCAGCGCCCUUUUCUAAACAGCUGAAAGACAGAGUAACCCACCUUCAUGAGAAGAUAGGGUAUCCUGAUUGGGUGCUCAACCAGACACAAGUCAAUCUGUACUAUAACACAAUGGAGUUUAGUCUGGAUCCCACACAGUAUCUACAGAACGUGAUGCACAUGGCCAAGUUUAGAAAGACAGCUUUAUUAAUGUCUUACGAGGAAACACUGACCGGAGGAGAAGGAUGGGACACCUAUAUGGGUGACACCACAGGGUCCUAUUAUCUACACGGUAACGACGUGCACAUACCCCUCUACUACUUGUUCGCUCCUGUUUACUCACACGACAUGCCCGACUCUUUCAACUACGGAGGGAUGGGAGCCUGGGUCGGAUACUACAUGGUCUAUGCUCUUGAAGACGAUUGGAGGACGUAUACUGAUGACAAGGGUAACAUAUUACCAACCAACGCAACAGAGGCAGAUAUAGCAGCUUACAAACUAGCUAAAGGGUGUAACGAUUACAUUGCUAAUGUUACUUACUUGCCCCCGGGGGAACCUGAACCGAUACCGUUGAGUGUGGGAUGGAACAGUGGUGUGGAGUAUCAGCACAACGACAUUAUCGCUACCAGGGCCUCUUACAAGGCGUUCAAAAGGAACAUGAGGGGCAGUCAGUCCGCUCCGGGACUACCUGAUAGUAGUGACCGUGUCUUCUAUCUGGCAGUCGGCCAGUUCUACUGCUCCGCCAAAUACGAUCAUCACAGCUACUACCACAAACUGUUGAACGCGGUAGCUGCAUCAAGUGCUGAGUUCACUAAAGCGUUUGGUUGCCAAGCAACAGAUCUGCUUUACAACUCAGGAGAGACCACGUGUUAUCUCUGAGAUACAAUGUGUUAUCUCUGAGAGAAGGAAGAGGAGUUCAGACGACCUUCACAUCAAGAUGCGUU